AUAACAAAAGGUUUUAUUCUGACGUCGGUGUCUUCGUGUGCGCUCUAUCUUCCGGUGGGCACUGUUCAAGAUUUGUCCUCCAGCUCGAGACCAAAACUCUUCGAUGCGAUGGGUGUAUUGAAUGCUCUUCGAAGGGGCCUUGUGAGAGGAGCAGAUCGUAUGGCUGAAUUCACCAGCAAGCGUGGCUCAAGGACUCACUACAAAGGCAGAGGGGCACAGCCAACGGGAGUACUGACCUCCAGCAGAAAAUUUGUUCCAGUACAGGCAAUGAUUCCUCAGUUUGUGGUGCCAAACUUGGAGGGAUUCAAACUCAAGCCCUACGUGUCGUACCGCACCCCGGCUGGAACGGAGCCCGCUGUCACCCCUGAGGGUCUGUUCUCUGAGACUGUGGCCCCACAGAUCCAGAAAGACUUUGAGGAAGGCUCCUUUGAUAAGGAACAGCUGGAGAAAUACGGGUUUGAACCCACACAGGAAGGAAAGUUAUUCAAACUCUACCCCAAGAACUUUAUACGAUAAGUAGUCCACCAAAUCUGAUCCAUCUGGAACUCUGAGCGUUAAGGAUCAUUGACUUAUUUAGUUUGUGUUGGGAGGUCAAGAGGUUGUUUUACUGGACCCUGGUGUAUUAUGAAUGUGCUUGCUGAAAGUACUAGUAUACGCACUUCUUAUUUAAACAUGUAUAUUAUGUUUUGGUCUUUAUUUUUUUUAGACAUCAAUAAGCAUGUUGGCUACAGGUUAUUUGAAUGUAGUCGAGGUUUGCACUAAGCAAAAUCAUUGCUUAGUGCAAAAUGCUUACUUACGAGUCCUUAACCAACAAUGCAGUUUUUUAAAAUCCAGAUAAGAAAUAACAAUAAGUAAUUAAAGAGCAGUGUUAAAAUAACAAUAGUGAGACUAUAUACAGGGGGGUACCAGUACAUAGUCAAUGUGCGGGGGCACUGGGUUAGUCGAGGUAAUAUGUACAUGUAGUUAGUUAUUAAAGUAACUAUGCAUAUAUAACAACAGAGUAGCAGCACUGUAAAAGGAGCCAUUUGAUUAGAUGUUCAGGAGUCUUAUGGCUUGGGGGUAGAAGCUGUUUAGAAGCCUCUUGGACCUAGGCUUGGCGCUUUGGUACCGCUUGCCGUGCGGUAGCAGUGAGAACAGUCUGACGAGGGUGGCUGGGAGUCUUUGGCAAUUUUUGGGGCUUUUUCUGACGCCGCCUGGUAUAGAGAUCCUGGAUGACAGGAAGCUUGGCCCCAGUGAUGUACUGGGCCGUUUGCACUACCCUCUGUAGUGCUUUGCGGUUGGAGGCUGAGCAAUUGCCAUACCAGGCAGCGAUGCAACAAGUCAGGAUGGUGCAGCUGUAGAACCUUUUGAGGAUCUGAGGACGCAUGGCAAAUUUUUCUGUGUAUAUAUACAAAUAAAUAAAUGUAACAUGUAAAGUGGCCCAUGUUUUAUUCUCUUAAAUACAAGAUCCCAGAAAUGUUCCAUACUAUCACGUUUGUUGCAUAGAAUGUUUACAAUCUUUUACAUUUUUUGUACAGUAAUAUAUACAUGGAAGUGCUUUUCCUGAAACAUUUCUCAGCACAGUUGUAACAAGCCCAUGAUGCACUUGUCAGGGAAGCAAGCAUCAUUUAGGGAUAGUUCACUGAACAUUGUAUAAUGUUCAUUAGUCCACUGUUGAUAUGCUCCCCAAAAAUUAUACGUCAGCAGUAAAGUUUUCAACAUAUACCACUUUCAGUUUAAAAAAUCUAAACGUGUGACAGUUUUUUGUAUCACAGUUUUUGCUUUUUACUGUUAGUGCUCUAUCUUCAAGAUUUGAUAUUUAUAAUUAAAAAAAUAAUAAUUGAAA